GCGUCGCUUUUAAGGUAGUUUUCAUUUAAUAGCGCAGAAGUGAACAUGUUUCGCCACAACGGAUCGUCAGCAUUUAACACCAACAACAGCAAUUACCGCCUCUUCGGCGGUGCAACUUUCAAAGUGUUAAUGCUGUUGUUGUUGGCGCUYGUGGUAAUGAGCAAUGCACAAAGUUGUCCCUCGUCCACGAAGGUGCUGAGCUGCACACCGAAGUGCAAACARGACACCGAUUGUAGUGCCAUCGGCGGCAAAUGUUGCCCGAAUUUGUGCAACGAGCGCUCGUGCAUACAGCGCAACCAAUUGGACCAGGGCAAUGGCAACUCCAAGGGUGGCGACAAAUAUUGUAGCGGCAACUCCGGCGCCUACUGUGGCAACAUUAAAUGCAGCCCCUAUGAGAAAUGCGAAAUGGAUCGCUCGACAAAACGUCAAAAAUGUGUCAGAACUUAAGCAGCACAGCGAGUCACGUAUUCCUACGUAGCUUUCUAGCAUACAACAUACCAUAUUUUUUUCAUUUACAAUCAAUUUUUUGUACAUACAUACACACAAGCAUGMAUUUUUGAAUAAAUAUGUAUUGACACUUACAACGGGAGCCGCUACGGCGAUUUGUACUAAGAGACAGGCRACCAAAAUAAAUUUCAACAUUUUGAAU